CGCUCAUUUCCUCCUUGGGCGCCAUUUUGUAGCGCAGAGAAUCCGCAAAUAAAGAGCGGGCGGGAGCAGCGCGUGAGGGAGCCCGGACGGGGGGACGCGGCGGCGACCCCGGCUCCGGAGCGGCGGUCCUGGUAAAGCCGGUUGUCGAGAGCAGAGGUGGCAGCAGGCGCGAACAGUGGCGACGUUUCACUCUCGAUGUGACGGGUGCGGCCCAGGCAACUAGUGUGCUGGGAGAGCGAGGCCUCUGCACCGCGGGCGGGAGAGUUCACAAUGACGAAUGAAGAACCUCUCCCAAAGAAGGUUCGCCUUAGUGAAGCAGAUUUUAAGGUUUUACCUAGAGAUGAGCUCAUCCUAAGGUGGAAACAGUAUGAAGCAUAUGUGCAAGCUCUGGAGGGCAAGUACACAGACCUUAAUUCUAAUGAUGUGACGGGAUUGAGAGAAUCUGAAGAGAAGUUGAAACAGCAACAGCAAGAGUCUGCCCGAAGAGAAAAUAUUCUGGUGAUGAGGCUGGCAACUAAGGAACAGGAGAUGCAAGAGUGUACUUGGGCACCACAGAGAAGAGCCUGGCUUCGCCUUCUUUACUUCCCCCAUCAGAAUCAGAUUCAGUACCUCAAGCAAGUCCAGCAGCCUAGUGUUGCCCAACUGCGAUCAACAAUGGUGGACCCAGCCAUCAACUUGUUUUUCCUAAAAAUGAAAGGUGAACUGGAACAGACUAAAGACAAACUGGAACAAGCCCAAAAUGAACUGAGUGCCUGGAAAUUUACGCCUGAUAGCCAAACAGGCAAAAAGUUAAUGGCGAAGUGUCGAAUGCUUAUCCAGGAGAAUCAAGAGCUUGGAAGGCAGCUGUCCCAAGGACGUAUUGCACAGCUUGAGGCAGAGUUGGCUUUACAGAAGAAAUAUAGUGAGGAACUUAAAAGCAGUCAGGAUGAGUUGAAUGACUUCAUCAUCCAGCUUGAUGAGGAGGUAGAGGGUAUGCAGAGUACCAUUCUAGUUCUUCAGCAGCAGUUGAAGGAGACUCGCCAGCAGCUGGCGCAGUACCAGCAGCAGCAGCAGCAGUCCCAGGCCUCCAACCCAGGUACCAGCAGGACUCCAUCUUCUGAGCCUACAGACCAGGGAGAGGCUGUGGGCAAAGACUGCAGCCGCCUGGCAAAUGGACCAAGCAAUGGUAGCUCCUCCCACCAGCGGACGUCUGGGUCUGGAUUUUAUAGGGAGGGUAGCGGCACGGAGGAUGACUUCCCGGCUUCUCCAGGGAAUGGUAAUAAGCUGUCCAACCACUCUGAAGAUAGAACUGGUAGAGGAGGUGGUAGCUACAUAAACCAGCUCAGUACUGGGUAUGAAAGUGUAGACUCUCCCACUGGCAGUGAAAACUCUCUCACUCACCACUCAAAUGACACAGACUCCAAUCAUGAUCCUCAAGAGGAGAAAACAGUGAGCGUGAAAGGUAACAGAACUGUGGGUUCUCGUCAUGUCCAGAAUGGUUUGGACUCCAGUGUAAAUGUGCAGGGUUCAGUUUUGUAACAUUUUUCUGCAACAUUUUUAUACAGUGUCAUUUAAAUUGGGAGAGGAUACUGUCCAGAAGCCGUUUAAAUUAGUGCAUACUUGUCACAAUUUUGCCUUUUUGUGGGUUUCUUUUUGCUUCAAUACCUCUGCCACUUUGGAAAUUUUAACAGUUAAUUACGUUGAAUGUUGCUAAAAGGACGUUUGUGUAGCUCAAGUUAUUUUUAUAUGAGUUAAUGUGAAGUUGAAAUGGAAAUUAUUUCCAUAAAGUAUAACAUAAAUGAUGUCUGUACAAAUCUGUGUAUAUCUAGAACCUGUGCUGUGUAAGGGCAUUCUUACUCAUACUGUUAUACUUACACCACCUUCAAGAUUUGUCAUAAUAGCUGUGGGUUUAUGACUGCCAAGUUUGCCCAGUACAGUAGUUUUAUCACUAAAAGACGGACUUGCUGAAGGAGUCCUGUAGUAGUUUCAGUGUUAAUUACAGUUUUUCCCACCAUACAUCUGUGCAUUUUCUCCUUAGGUGACCGAAUGUUUAUGAAUUGUGUGCAUAGUUACUCAGUUUUUAAGAACUGUUGUAUCCUGUUUAUGCAUAUUGCUCUGUGACUCCGAUAUUAUCUUACCUGUACUGACCAAACCUAAAUAAAAACUUUUAAUAAUGUAA